GUGCGGCGUGCGCCGCAGGGCGUGGACAAGGCCGACUAUGCGGGAAGGCUGAAGCAUGGUGCGCUGGUGCAAGAGUUAGAAAGGACCAAGCAGAGGCUCCUCUACAGCAAGCUGGCGGGCGAUGGCCCCGAUGGAGGCUGGGUGAGCUUCGUUUCGGCCAAAGGGGCUGUGCUGCUUCGAAGGGAAGAAGAAUCUGAGAAAAGCGUGGCGAAGCAGAGA